AUGCGCUCCUUCAGCGCUCUGCCGACUGGCCUGGCAAUUAUCCUGUCAGCAGCGACAUUGACGGCCGGUGAAGUCAGCGACCUGAAGGUCGAUCUCCUCAGUGGACCCACCAAAUGCACACGACCAACACGCGACGGCGACAUUAUCUCUGUUAAUUACAAGGGCACCUUGACCACAGGCGAGACCUUCGACGAAAGCUAUGGACGUGGCGCGCCUUUUCAAUUUACUUUAGGAGCAGGCCAGGUCAUCAAAGGAUGGGAUCAGGGGCUUUUGGACAUGUGCAUAGGGCAAUCGAGAAGAUUGACAAUCCCACCGGAGUUGGCAUAUGGAGACCACCAGGCAGGGAUGAUUACACCAGGCUCAACACUGAUAUUUGAAACCAAGCUGGAGGACAUUCUGAACUUGACUCCAGAGGACUGGGCGUUGAUGGAGCAGAGUGAGGCUCUGGCAUCGGCGUUGGUACCUACGGCCACUUCAAAUACAGGAGAAGGCUCAUUCUCAAUCGCCACUGCACCAGCCUCGCCCAACGGAGAUGGUGCGGCCGCCGCUGACAAGGCAGCAGAUUCUAGUCUGGAGUCGCCCACUGCAGAGAAGCCUAAGCCCGAGUGUCAGUUAUUGGGACCGUUUGCGCUGCUGGUUCAGGGCGCGCUUGGUGCUCUGGCGCUGCUCACAUUGGUCUGGAAACGCUGGCGAGAAACCCCGAAGCGGCCCUGGAAGAUUUUCAUCUUCGACGUGAGCAAACAAGUCCUGGGGUCCAUGCUCACACACGUCAUCAACUUGACUAUAAGCAUGUUGAGCAGUGUUGACAUGGCCAACGCGGCGGCUCACGUUGUGCACAAAGCCGGCGAGGCUGCACAGGACGGUCGGGGCCGGACUCCAAACCCUUGCUCAUUCUACUUGCUCAAUCUCGCUAUUGACACAACCCUUGGCGUGCCAAUCUUAUGGAUUUGGCUGAAAGUCCUUCACUCCGCCUUCCUGCGGACUCCACUCGCGCGUCCGCCGGCCUCGAUCAAAUCCGGUGUCUACGGCAACCCUCCCAACAUUCGAUGGUACGGCAAACAGCUUAUGAUCUACUGCAUCGGUUUGGUGCUCAUGAAAUUCUGCGUGCUGUUCUUCCUGCUCGCGCUACCCUGGCUGCCGUGGGUUGGCGACUGGGCUCUCCGAUGGACCCGUGGGAACGAACUGCUGGAGAUUACCUUUGCCCUAUUCAUCUUCCCACUCGCUAUGAAUGCCGUGCAGUACUGGGUCAUCGACAACCUCAUCAUGGACAAGGGUACAGGUGGCGAGAAGGGCGACAGUGGACAGGAAUACACCGCCGUUGCAGGCGAGGAAGAUGAGGAGGAGCAGCGAAGGAUGAUCAUGGAGGGUGAUGACGAGGUAGAAGACGAUGAGCCGUCCACGCAGACUCCCGGCCCUCGGAGCGGCGUCGAUAACUCUGCAAAGAGGAAGUGA